ACAGUCAACACCGCCAUUAUUACGAAGAAGAAGUAGAGGACGAAGAAGAAGUGAAGGAAAAGGCGAAAGGAGAAGAAAUUAAAUGUCAGAUGGUGUGUUGGCUAAUGGCACUUUGACGUUCAUUUGGAAAAUUACUGCAGGAGAACUCUAUUAAAAACAGUGCACCAUGCCAAAUUCUCGUGCAGCCCCACAACACCCGGGCAAGAGCUCGGAAAAACCUCAGCGUUCCUCCAUCUCGAGUCGCUUCAAAGAAAUUCACAUCAGUGAAGAAGUCAAAAUAUCCAUCAACCUCUCCCUGGAGAGGUUUCGUUACAGUGAGCAGAAAGAGAUGCAGUUUCCCUCCUCGCUUUCUUCAACUGAGAGGGCUUUCAUUCAUCGUAAAGCACAGAAUCUGGGUUACAUUUCAAAAAGCAAAGGGAAAGGAUUAAAUCGCUUCCUCACCAUCAGGAAAAAGAAUACUCAAGAUGGUCGUCGGUCUACAAUGCCCCUGACUCUCUCCCACAAUGCUUUACAUGCCAUCCACAGUCUGAUUCAGAGGUUUCCUGUUACCAAUAAAGAGUAUGAAGAUUUGCAGGCCAGCCACAAAAGCAAGCUGGCAGCACAGUCUGACAACAGCGCUGAUACCAACAGGCCAAGUGGAUGCCUGAACAGCAGUGUUUUGAUGGUACCCCCGAGAAGGAAGCCUUCAGAGUUAGACAGUUUCAGACGCUCUUUACCUGUGCAUACACAUGAAGGAGAGAUAGUCAAUCUUAUAAGAGAGAACAGAGUGGUGCUGGUCUUAGGAGAAACUGGUUCUGGAAAAACAACCCAGAUUCCACAGUUUCUCCUGGAUGACCGUUGCAAAAGAGGAGAACCCUGCAGAAUUUUCUGUACUCAGCCAAGACGCCUGGCUGCCAUCACUGUCGCUGAGAGAGUGGCAGCAGAAAUGGGGGAAAGAGUCGGCCAUACCGUUGGCUAUCAAAUCAGACUACAGAGCAGGGUUUCUCCAAAGACACUGCUGACCUUCUGUACCGUCGGCGUAUUCCUCAGGACACUGAUGGCAGGAAAUAUCUGCAUGAAAACUGUCACACAUGUCAUUGUGGAUGAGGUGCAUGAACGUGAUGGUCUGACAGACUUUCUGCUAACAAAGAUGCUUGAUGUACUUCAGGAAGUCCCCACAUUAAAACUUAUUCUUUCUAGUGCUUCACUGGAUGUUGACUUAUUUCUCAAAUACUUUGGCCCCUGGUCCUGCCCCGUUGUUCACCUCAAAGGAAGACAGUUCGAAGUGAAUCAACUUUUUCUGGAAGACAUUCUGAGGCUGACUGGUUUUAACAAGGAAAUGGGGAAAUACAAGGAGGAAUCCCAGAGAAAGGAGGAUAAGCAGAAGCUUUUGACAAAGUGGUGUCAAGUAGUGGAGAAGAGUAAUGUUGAAGAAGUACAGACCACACACGUGGCGUCCUCUGGCUUAAUGGGGAGCAGCAAUGUUUUGGACACGGGAGAGGAGGAUGGCCCCAUCAACACAAAGAAUGGGAAUGCCUUAGAGAAAUUGGAGCCGUGGCUGGUGAAAGAGAUGGAUGCCUGCAUUUCUAACAUUUUCGUCAAUGAAGACCAAGAAGCUUUUGCUCAGCUUUUCAACCUGAUCUUUUAUGAAAAUGUUAACGUGGACUACAUGCACAGUGAAACAGGAGCAACACCGCUGAUGGUUAGUGCAGGUCGAGGGUUCCACGCUCAGAUGGCACAGUUGCUUAACAUGGGGGCUGAUGUUAACUUGAAGGCGUCCAAUGGAUGGACACCUUUAGACUUUGCGAAACAUUUCCAGCAGGCAGAGGCUGUAGAUCUUCUCCAGUCCUCAAUUCCCUUGGGAGAGAUGCAUAGCCGGAAUGAGCUUGCUCUGGUUCAGUGUGCCACUGCUGACUUAAAGACUGAAGACCAGGAAGUUCUCACACUGUAUCAUGACAACUUUGAUGAUGAGUUUGUGGACGUAAAUCUCAUCAUGGACCUGCUGCAUAAAAUCUGCUCAACCACAAGUGAUGGUGCAAUACUUAUAUUUCUUCCUGGAUAUAAUGAGAUCGUGUCACUGAGAGACUGCAUCCUCUAUGAUGACAAGAGAUUCUCGGGCUGCCUCAAAAGGUACCAAGUGUUCACACUUCAUUCAGACAUGCCAAGCUUGGACCAGAAAAAAGCCAUGAAGACCUCUCCACCUGGCGUUAGGAAGAUAAUUCUUUCCACGAACAUUGCUGAGACGAGUAUUACCAUCAAUGAUGUGGUUUUUGUCAUUGAUUCUGGAAAAGUAAAGGAGAAGUCCUUUGAUACCGUCAGUCGUGUAUCGAUGUUGAAAACCGUCUGGAUUUCGAAAGCCAGUGCUCUUCAACGAAAAGGAAGAGCCGGGCGUUGCCAACCAGGGAUUUGUUUUCACCUCUUCAGUCAGCUAAGGUUCAGCAACAUGCAGGAGUUUCAGGUUCCACAGCUGCUGCGGAUGCCUCUGCAGGAAUUAUGUCUGCAGACCAAACUACUGGCUCCCUGUCCAGUAUUGGAAUUCUUGUCCAAAGCACCACAACCUCCUCCUUUACAUGCUGUAAGGAGUGCUGUGCAGAUGCUUAAGACAAUAGAUGCCCUGAACCAAAAUGAAGACCUUACUGAUCUUGGCUUCCACCUUGCUGAUCUACCUGUGGAGCCCCAUCUGGGAAAGAUGGUGCUGUGUGCAGUGGUCCUUAAAUGUCUGGACCCCAUCUUGACCAUUGCCUGCACGCUGGGCUAUCGGGAUCCCUUUGUUCUUCCUCCCCAGGGUUCUCAGAAGAAAGCUGCUCUUCAGUGCCGCAAACGUUUUUCUUCCAACACCUUCAGCGACCACAUGGCCCUGUUGAGGGCAUUCCAGGCAUGGCAGAAGGCCCGUAGUGAGGGCUGGGAGAGAUCAUUCUGUGAAAACAACUUUUUAUCCCAAGCCACCAUGGACAUGAUUCUUGGAAUGAGAACACAGUUGCUAGGACAGCUUCGUGCUAUUGGUUUUGUUAGAGCCCAUGGGGAUGGCGAUAUCCGCAACGUGAACAUCAACUCAGAAAACUGGGCUGUGGUGAAGGCAGCCCUGGUUGCUGGCAUGUAUCCAAAUUUAGUUCACAUUAACCCUGAGACAAACUUGCCCUCCAGUAACAAGGAGAAGAAAGUCUACUUUCAUCCGACAUCCAUCCUUAGUCACUCCCAGCACAAAGAGGAUAUGUCCUCCAAGUCUUCCCAGGCUCUUCCCACAAACUGGUUGGUCUAUGACGAGAUGAGCCGAGGCCACAGGAUUGCCAGUGUUCGCUGUUGUACUUUAGUGACGUCUAUUACUGUAGCCAUAUUUGGAGGGGGUUCCAGACCUCUCACCUCUGCCAGUCAUGAAGCAAGGGUUCAGAAAGAUAAUCCAGUGUGUGACACGAGUGACAGUGACACAGAGGACAUCGCUGAGAUGAAAAUUGAUGAGUGGCUAAUCUUUCAAAUGGACAAUGAGUGGUCAGGUCGUGUGUUUGACUUGAGGCACAAGUGGCAUCAUCUGUUCAUCAAGAGAAUUGGUGGCCUUUCCAAAUCCUGGUCUCAGCAAGAUGAGAUGAUCAUUCAAACCCUGGUUUCUGUGCUGGCAGCAGAGGAGAAGAAAGCAGGCUUACAGCAGACCACAGGGAUAGGCCAACGUCCUCGCCCCCUGUUUACAGAAGAGGGUAUCCCGAACUCUGUCAAGAACUCUAGAGGCAGCCCAAAAUUUCCUUGCAUUGCUGAUGACAGCAGAACACCAGAUGUGUCAGGCUUGUGUCAAAAGAAACCACCUGGCAUAGAUAACACAUCAAUGGCCAUAAAUCAGGAACUUCCCUGUUCCAGCAAGUCCUCUUUUUCCUAUUGUUCACACCCCGUCAUGCCUCAGCCGGCCUUAGCGUCAGUGCGUUACUUCAUCAUGAAAAGCAACACUAUGAGAAACAUAGACAUCUCCCAGCAGAAAGGCAUCUGGUCUACCGUACCAAGCAAUGAGACUAACCUCACUAAGGCCCUCCAGGACAAUGAAGUCAUUCUCAUCUUUUCUGUUCAAGGCUCUGGACACUUCCAGGGCUACGCUCGCAUGUCAUCAACUGUCAGGCAUACAAAUAGUCAAGAUUGGGGGUUCAUGGGAUUAGGAGGAGUUUUCAAUGUGGAGUGGAUCUGCAAGAAAAGUCUACCUUUCCGGAGCACCCAACACAUCACCAACUCGCUGACGGACAACAAGAAGGUCCAGAUUAGCAGAGAUGGUCAGGAAUUAGACACCAAGGCAGGCAGACAACUGCUGUCACUUUGGGAGAGAAACAGCAGCAGUCAACGGUAAACACUUCAAAACCAUCAUUGGAACACUCUUUGCACUAUUACUACCACUUUUACUAUUACUUUUACAAUCACUGUUUGUCUUUUGUGAAACAUGGUGCAUCACUUUUAGGGCAAUUUGCUUCCAUGGUGUAUACUAAAAGUGUCUCAUGUGCAUUGUACCUUCAACUGGUUUUGUGACGCAUUGGAAUGUUCAACACUUUAUUUUCUCUUUUCGGUUGACUUUCCCAGUAUUUCACUAAGUAUGCAUUCUGUAUAUGCUAAAUUGGCUUGUUUGUAACUAGAUGUUCUUAAUAAUAGUGGAAAUGUUGUACAUUAGAUUCCAAUGUGUUGUUUGAUACAGUACAUGUUGAUUUUAUAGCCAUGUUUUUGACCAUACCUAUACAAUGUGAUGACAUUUGUUAUUCACAUUAUGUUGAACCAAAGAAUGUAACAUUUGUGUUAUAAAAUGCAUUUAUAAGUUCACAAUACUGUGAGUUCUUCUUGAGUAUAAUAAAGGUAGUCCGACUGCUACAUCUGAUCUGCCUCA